GAUCCAUUAAAUUAUUAAUAUUUAUUAUUAUCGUAAUUUCAGUUGAGCAGCCCUUCCCUCUCGCCGGCCGUCCAAAAUUGCAGCAGUCGAACCCGAGCCGAGCCUAGCCGAGCCGAGCUGAGCUUUUCCCGACUCCUCAGCUCUCGAGCGAGCCAUUUUCAUUUUCCCCUAGUCCACGGCUUUUUAUCUCAUACCGAAAAUACACGAACGUUGUUUGUUUUUCCCUCUCCUCUCUACCCGUUCUUGCAAUCUGUACGGACAUCUUUUGGAUUAGGGUUUCGUAAUCUUUAUCUCAGAUUCAGAAACCGGGUGACGGGAUUUAAAGGAAGUUGGGAGGUGGAAGUCAAUUACUUAGUAGUCAACCAUGAAAAGCUCCGGCACCUAUGUGCCGCCCUCUUAUAUUCCUUUGGGACAAUCAGAUGCUGAACCGGAGGUUGUUCAACAUGAUAAAAGCCUCCCAAUUCAUCAUCAUGUUGGUGAUGGGUCACCACAGUGGUCUUCUGGAAUCUGUGCAUGUUGCGAUGAUACACAGAGCUGUUGUAUAGGUCUAUUCUGCCCUUGCUUUCUAUUUGGAAAGAAUGCAGAAUUUUUGGGUUCUGGAACACUAAUGGGAUCAUGCAUGACUCAUUUGAUUCUGUAUGCACUUUUCUAUACUGUCUGCUGUCCAUUGACCGAAGGCAUUUUUUUGGGUUUACCUGGAUGUUUUGUAUCUUGUUAUGCUUGUGGCUACCGCAGGGCCCUACGAUCGAAGUAUAAUCUGCCGGAAGCACCAUGUGGGGACUUUGCUACUCAUUUUUUCUGUCAUCUGUGUGCAAUUUGUCAAGAGUACAGGGAGAUCCGUGAAAGGUCUGGCGAUUCAAAUGCAUCAGAUCUAGAUUUCGCAGCUGUAGUUGCAGCACCCCAAAUCCAAACUAUGGAAUCAAGUCCGGAGAAUAAGACCUAAAGUCUAGACAGAUUAUCAUGUGAUUAGGUUGCUUAAUGGCUUUUCUUUGUAUUGUACCAAGUUUCUUCUUUCUGUUACUACUUUUUCUUUUACAAUUUUUAAGAUGAUCUUGUUAUGGGUAUAAAUAUGUUAUUGAUAGGAGUGCUAGGGUUGGGGUUUGUAGUUUGUUUACUCUCCAGUAUAGUGAACUGAAAAAGGGAAUGCAAAGUUUAGAUCUUAAAAAUAGAUACACAAUACAGUCUAUGUAAAGGUGGAGAUACAGUCCUGUUGUAAAACGUGGUGGACUUGAGCGUCAGACGUUUUCAAGUUUUAGAGACGUCGACAAUCAUCCAUUUAAACGUUGAUUGUUGUUUUGUCAAAACCAUAUUUAGAGGCCAGCAUAUUUAUGAGCUAUUAUUGUAACUUUUGUUAAUUAUAUUCUAGUCCUUCUAUUUUGUAUCAAAUUUUAAAGUGCGGCUUUCGUA